CAACAACAACACCUUAUCUUUUCUCCCGCUCUCUCCCUCGUUCGCCCUCCCCACCUUGACCAUGGCCCAAGUCGCGCGCAGCCCUCUGUCAGCAGUUUUCCUCCUGCACAUUGCACUUGAGCUACCGCUGGCCGUGCAGGCCUUUUGGUCUCCCGCCACGCUGCCCUUCACGCAGAUGAACAACACGACGCUUGUCAUGCUUAAGCUGUACGCGGCCCUUGCGUUUGGUGGAUGCGUCACCGCGUUCCUUGCGUAUCCCCUCCCUGAGUUCCUCCCGGGGAAGCGAGCUCUCGCAAUCGGGUUUUGUAUCUACCACAGUAUCGUGUCGACCGUCCUCUACCAAGCUCCCCGGUUCAUCCCUCACACGUUCGGUGCUUUUGCUGAAAACUUCAACAUCACUCCUGAGAACCUUUGGGGUACCUUCCACGGCUUGUUGGGGUUCGCGAUGGUCGUCUGGUGGCAGGGUACUUUGGCGUACGCCCAAGCUGCGAGGCGGGCGGCUUGAGGUCCUGAUCUUGUCGAAUGUACUCUCGUGUGUUGUAUUGCCAGGCGUGAAGUGGGUUUGAAAUGUCGUUGUGCUACGUUUCUCGGUGUACAUCCCUGCUAUAAAGUUGUUCACGUAGAUGUGCGAGGUGCAAUGGCCCGUUAGUUGAAUAUAACGAAGUCUCUAAGGCGUAUAUAUAACAGCUACGGUAAAGAACCGUUCAACUGAUAUAAUGAGUGUGUCUAAU